AUGAUGUCCGAGGAAUGUGAGGAACUUGAAAUUCAAGGGGAAGAAGUAGAAAUAGAAAGUGUACCUGUAGAAUUACCGUGCGAAACAGUAGAAACUUCGAUAGAUUUAGACGGGCAACCCAUAGUGUCCCUUCAAUCUAUUACCGAAGGUAGAGAUGAUUUAAUAUUGCAAACUACGGAAGAAGUAGUGGGAUGUGGUGUAGAAGUCGGCGAUGACCCUUUAACUUAUGAGGAAAUACCUUUAGAACAAGAUAUGAAUUAUGUCGAGUCCAUACCCGGCCCGUCUAGACGUAUUAAAAAAACACCACUUAGGAGAACCGCUAAAUUUAGGGGCAACGAAUUACUCGAAGGUGAAGUAAGAUCCCCUAGAAAAUGGGAGCAAAAACAAGUUCAAAUUAAAACAUUAGAAGGAGAAUUUUCCGUUACAAUGUGGGCUUCUGGUACGGACGAUGAUGAAGCAAGUAAUCCGGAUAGAGAACCUGAUUAUGAAGAUUAUUUGGAACAAUCUGGACAAUAUCUCAAAAGAGAACCGGGAGAGCCAAUACCUGGAUUGGAUCUUAGCGAUCCAAAACAACUCGCAGAAUUUGCAAGGACUGGUCACAAAAUCAAAGUAAAAAAAGAAAGACUAGAUGUUAUGGAUCGAACUAUAGCUUGUCCCCAUAAAGAUUGUAAUAAAAUGUUCAGAGAUAAUUCGGCUAUGAGAAAACAUUUACACACUCACGGUCCCAGAGUACACGUUUGCGCCGAAUGCGGGAAAGCCUUUGUAGAAAGCUCAAAAUUAAAACGUCACCAAUUGGUACAUACGGGUGAAAAGCCAUUCCAAUGCACAUUCGAAGGUUGCGGUAAAAGAUUUUCUUUGGAUUUUAAUUUGAGAACGCAUGUACGGAUUCACACGGGAGAUCGACCCUACGUUUGCCCAUUCGACGGAUGUAAUAAAAAAUUUGCACAAUCAACCAAUCUCAAAUCACAUAUUCUCACUCACGCGAAAGCAAAAUCGCGAAACGCCGUCGGACGAAAUCCUCAAGCUCAUCAUAAUUUAAUGACAUCUCAAAUGGUUUCGAUGGAUUCUCCCCAGUACGUUCAAGUCGAAGUUGCGGAUAUGGCGGAUCAACCUUUUCUUGUGUACGCGGACUGA